CUUUGCUUCGCUUUGCUUUGGUUGUCCGGCUUGCUUGUUUGCUUGCUUGCUGUUGAGUGUGUCUGGCCGAGUCGGGUCGAGUCUGUUGCGUGCGCUAGCGGAGAGCCAGUUUGGCGUUGGGGGGGUGCGGAUGCUGUCUGCUGCUGCUGCUGCGGGACUGGCUGCGAGAUCUGUUGCUGUCGUAUUGGCUGUGUCUUUGUUCUUCUUCUUCUUCCUCUUCUUCCGAGAUUGGUUAUUGCUUGAUGAGUUAGUUGGGUUCGGUUGGGUUGGGUUCGGGGCUGUGGCACUGCUGGCUGCUGCUGUUGAUACUGCGUUCCAUGGCUCGGGUCUGUGGUGCUUUCAUUAUCAGAUAGGUAUAGGUAGGUAUACACGCGUUCUCCUCUGCUCUAUUAUACACUGCUCUACUCUGCACUGCUCUACUCGUCUUCCGAUGGCUCUCUUUUGAGACUGGAUAGAUAGGUGCCCUACGUAGGUCGGCGAUUGGUGGGUGUGUAGGUGUUAGGUACCUAGGUAGUAGCAUUAAGGUCUUAGGUAGUAAAGAGCUAGAUUGGUUUCUUUGCUCGGGG